AUGGCAUCGCUGCGAGCAAAUCGGGUGGCGAAGGAACGCCAAAAGAUUGCCAAGCAGGGACUGCCGCCCGGUCUUGAACUAAUCUCGGGCGAAGACAUGCGAGAGUGGCAGUUUGACAUUCGCGUGCUCGACGGCAACCCCCUCUAUCACAAUCAGAUAUUCAGGCUCAAGAUUGCCUUUGGCGACGCGUAUCCUAUCGAGCCUCCAGAGGCCACAUUUGAACUCGGGCCAGCUCGUCCCAUCCCGAUUCAUCCGCAUAUCUACUCGAACGGCAUCAUCUGCCUGGACUUGCUGGGCAAUCAAGGCUGGAGCCCGGUCCAAAGUGCAGAAAGUGUCUGCAUGAGCAUUCAAAGCAUGCUGACGAGCAAUGCGAAAAACGAGCGACCACCCGAUAAUGACCAAUUUGUCAAGGGCAAUCGUCGUCGCCCUCGUGACAUCGAUUUCGUCUACCACGAUAAUACCGUUUAA